GGUGCACUCUGGGUGACACAAACAGACCCGAGACCGAGAGAAGAGGGAGAGACCGGCCCCGGAUCCGGAUCCCCACCCGAGACCGAGAGACCCCGGGCCCGGCCCCGGCCCCACCCCGCACAGCACAGAGCAGGGUCACUGGGACAUGUCAACAAUGGUUUACCCACGAGAUGAGAAACUGAGUCAGGAGGACAUAAUUUCUAACACCAAGGUGGUGAUGCAGGGACUGGAGGCUCUGAAGAAUGAACAUAACUCCAUCCUGCAGAGUCUGCUGGAGACUAUUAACUGCCUGAAGAAAGAUGAGGAAGCCAACCUGGUUCAUGAGAAAUCGAACCUCAUCAGGAAGUCCGUGGAAAUGAUCGAACUCGGCUUGGGAGAGGCCCAGGUGAUGAUGGCCCUCUCCGGUCACCUCAACACUGUGGAAUCCGAGAAACAGAAACUGCGAGCCCAAGUCCGGAGACUCUGUCAGGAGAACCAGUGGCUACGGGACGAGCUGGCCAAUACCCAGCAGAAGCUGCAGCGGAGCGAGCAAACUGUGGCUCAGCUCGAGGAAGAGAAGAGGCACCUGGAGUUCAUGAACCAGCUGAAGAAAUAUGACGAUGAUAUCUCCCCCUCGGAAGAAAAGGAGGGAGACUCUUCCAAAGAUUCACUGGAUGAUCUGUUCCCUGAGGAGGAAGAACAUGGCACAGGAAUCAGCCAUCCUCACGGCAGUAGCGCUGUGGCUGCCGCCCAGCAGGGUGGUUAUGAGAUUCCGGCCAGACUCCGCACCCUACACAACCUGGUGAUUCAGUACGCUUCCCAGGGGCGCUAUGAGGUGGCUGUACCCCUCUGUAAACAGGCACUGGAGGAUCUGGAGAAGACAUCGGGCCACGAUCACCCUGAUGUGGCCACCAUGCUGAACAUCCUGGCACUGGUCUACAGGGACCAGAAUAAAUACAAAGAGGCAGCGCACCUGUUAAACGAUGCCCUGUCCAUCCGAGAGAAGACCUUGGGCAAGGACCACCCAGCUGUAGCAGCCACCCUGAAUAACCUGGCUGUUCUCUAUGGGAAGCGGGGCAAGUAUAAAGAAGCUGAGCCUCUGUGCAAGAGAGCGCUGGAGAUCCGAGAGAAGGUCCUGGGCAAAGAUCACCCCGAUGUAGCUAAGCAGCUGAAUAACCUGGCCCUGCUGUGUCAGAACCAGGGCAAGUAUGAGGAGGUGGAAUAUUAUUACCGACGGGCUCUGGAGAUAUACGAAUCCCGCCUCGGACCUGAUGACCCCAAUGUGGCCAAAACCAAAAACAACCUGGCAUCGUGCUAUCUGAAGCAAGGCAAAUACAAGGAGGCUGAGACUCUGUACAAGGACAUCCUAACCCGGGCCCAUGAGAAGGAGUUUGGAUCAGUCAAUGGGGAGAAUAAACCCAUCUGGAUGCACGCAGAAGAACGGGAGGAGCUCAGCAAGGGGAAACACAAGGAUAGUGCUCCUUACGCGGAGUACGGUGGUUGGUACAAGGCUUGCAAAGUCAACAGUCCCACAGUGAACACCACGCUGAGGAAUCUCGGAGCACUGUACAGACGCCAAGGCAAACUGGAGGCUGCAGAAACUCUGGAAGAAUGUGCCACCCGAUCGCGGAAACGGGUAACUCAACCUGUCCCCACCAGCUGGUGCUGA